CCGCGGCUGCCACGGCGUCGUCCACGGAUAAAUACACCUGGAGAGUCCAGGCCACCGGCUCGUAGAUAGCGCGGCGGCCGGGGAGGAGAAGCGGCGGCGGCGAGCAAGCCGAGGAGGAGGGAGCGAGACGUCGCCUGCGAUGACACCGGCCUCAUCCGCCGCCGACAUCGUCGCGAGCGUCCCGAGCGAGCAGAGCAGCAGCAGCAGCAGCAGCAGCAGCAGCCGCGCCGCGGCGCCGUCCGUCCCGUCGUCCUACGCCGUCUGGGAGAAGGAGCGGUAAGAGGCAGAGAGAGAGCUCUGCGCCUGCUGCUGCUGCAAGGAAAGGAGACGAGAAAAAGGAUCGCCAGAUUGGGAGGAGCGGCGGCAUGGAGGUGGAGAAGGCCAAGUGCGAGUGCUGCGGGUUCACGGAGGAGUGCACGCCGGCGUACAUCGCGGCGGUGCGGGCCGAGCACCUGGGGCGCUGGGUCUGCGGCCUCUGCGCCGAGGCGGUGGGCGACGAGAUCCGGCGCGAGGACGGGACGCUCACCACGGCCGAGGCGCUGGAGCGCCACGUCGCGUUCGCGCGCGCGCCGCCCAGGAAGGCGGCGGCGUCCCCCGACGACCUCGUCGCGGCCGUGGCGCGGCUGCUCCGGCGCUGCCUCGACUCGCCGCCCGCGUCCCCCGGCGCGAACGCGCCGCCGCAGGGCCGGAAGGUGGCCGCGGGGCCCGGGUGCCCCGACGCGGCCGACGCCUGAACUCUGAAGGACGCUCGGCGGCGGCGGCAAUGAUUGGGGCCAUUAGUUGGUUGGAGUUGGAGCGGCAUGUGGCAGUAGCACUGUAGCAGUGCUCGUGCAGGUCGCCUUCGUCUCCGUGGAGAAACAAUAAUUAAUAAUGAUUGCCGCGAUUGAUUGAUGAUUGCUCGAGAGAGGGGCAAAUCGCGCUCCGUAUGAUCAUCAAGCAUGAAGUUAUUACGUGCCGGGGUCUACUAUCAAGCUAUGGUACUUCUACAAUCUGGGGAAUAGGAAGGACAAGGACUGAAUACUACUACUCAGCUAGAGAGCCAGAUACUGUAGUAGUCAGGUUGCGACUGUAUUACUGGAGUUGUCCUUGACUCCUUAUACUAGAUGCAACUGUAGUCAAUAUUCAUGUAAAUUAUCUUGUAUUUUGCGUGUGUAAUUCAUGCCUCACAUCGACACUUGGUAUUGCUUUCUUGGGUGAAAGAUCUGUCCAAUUUCACUACACGAGU